AUGGAUCCGAUUAAGUAUGUUUUCGAGAAACCUGCAGUAACAGGACAAAUGGCUCAUUGGCAAAUGCUGUUGACUGAAUAUGAUAUUACAUAUGUAACGAGAAAAGCCAUCAAAGGGAGCAUUAUAGAAGAAUAUUUGGCUGAUAGGCCUGUUAAUGAUUACCAACCCAUGGAGUUUGACUUCCCGGAUCAAGAUAUUGAUUCAAUUGAUCAAGAAAAGGAAGAUAAUGUUGGGUGGAUGAUGCUAUUUGACGGGGCAACCAACGUAUGGGGGCAUGGAAUAGGGGCUGUACUCAUAUCACCAAAGGGUAAAUAUUACCCAGUCACAGCCAGACUCACCUUUCCGUGUACCAAUAAUAUAACUGAGUAUGAAGCAUGCGUAUUGGGCUUACAAGCAGCUAUUGACCGAGGCAUUAAAAAAUUGAUCGUAAAAGGAGAUUCCGCUUUGGAAUUCGAUACUAUCAGUUUUUCGCGUUUAUCAAGAGAGAGUAAUUUAAUUCCUGAUGCGCCAGCAACAUUGGCGGCUUUAUUUAAGGUUGAGUCCGGAAUAGAGAUUGAACCCAUUCGAAUAAGGAUGCAUAGGGAGCCAGCAUAUUGUAUAAUGACGGAAGAAGCUGAUGGAAAGCCAUGGUUUCAUGAUAUCAAAACAUACAUUCAAUGGAAGGAGUAUCCCAUAGGAGCCUCUAAUAACGACCGGAAGACAAUUAGGAGGCUAGCUAUGGGAUUCUUCUUAGAUGGGGAGAUGUUGUAUAAAAGGAACCAUGAUAUGACCCUCAUGUAG